AUGGAGCGCAGCACAGAGACAAGGACAGCAGAGUCUUCCCGGGGACUCUGGUCGAGCACACUUACCGAAAAAGAGCGCGGGCAGUUUGUUCACGCCGCUGCUGCGGAGCUCGCGGCGGAGCGCGCGCUGCCGACGGCCGUGGCGCGCGCGGCGCCGGCGAGCGCACGCCUGGCGGAGCAAGGGGGCGAUGUGCGAAAAGAGGAGCUGCAGUGUGUCCUCCUCAUGUACCUCGUCGCCCAGCGCCGCCUCCCCCUCGCACGCAUCAGCGCGACGUACUAUCCGAACGCCGCGUUUGACGAUACCCUGCACAUGGUGCCCACCGACGCCGCACCCGAGCUCCGGCGCCUCCAGCGCGCGGCACUCUAUCGCCUAUUCCAUGCAGAACUCGAGGCAAGCCGCUUGCACGGAGCAGCGUGCAUUCUCCACGACGCUCGCUUGCGUCCGGCGCAGCCCAAGCAUAUGCUCGGCAUGCUGUUGCGGCGCACGGCACGCGUACGCCGCGCGCCGCCGCUAGGCGUCGACCCACAGCAGUCGGUGCGUGCCGCGCUGCAAGAGGCGUGCGACGCGAUCUGCCGGCGGCCGCCGCCCGACAUGCGCGCGCACACAUUUGCGGCGAUGCUCACGCAGCUCGCUGGACUGCGUAUGCACGCCACGCUCCUGCAGUGGGCCGCGCUCGUGGCGCACACGGCCGUGCCAGACAUGGACGUGCGCCUGCUCGCAGACGUCGCACGGCGCCUGUGCCGCAACGGCGCACUGGACGAGGCGUUUGCCUACGUCCAGACGCUGCCGCUGGCGUGGCGGACGCGCGGCAUGUACGCCCCGCUGCUCGCUCACUUUGGCGAUGCGUGGCUCGACGCUACGGGGGCCCUCGUGCAGAAAGAGGCUACGCCGAGCGCGGUGCUGUGGCAUGACCUGUGCACCGUGCCGCACCUUAUGCCGCCGGGUGCUGCCGCGUACGUCGCACGGCUUGUGUCGCAUGCGAAUCACGGGCGCGGCGCGCAUGCGCUGCAGGAUCUGCGCGCGCUCCGCCGUGCACCGGUCGACGAGGCGUCGCUUGCCGAUGCGGGCCUGUGUGCGAUGCGUGCGCUCCUGCGCCAAGGCCGCUGGAGCCUCGCGGUGCGCCACGCACGCCGCCACCGCCGGCGGCACGGCACGCCGCCGAACGCCACGGCGUGGCUCAAUGCGCUCGUCGCGACGCUUGUGGAAGCUCGCGUUCCACAGAACGAGCGCGCACAGAUCCUCUCGCUGCUCUACACGGGCCUGCUACGUACGCCGUGCGGCGAGGCGCACCGCCUGCCGUCGACCGGCCCCGAGAGCGCGUCGCUCCUCUUGUUUGCGAAUGCGAUUGUGCAGUACGCCGGCUCCUGUGCGGCGCACCCCGAUCGCACGACGCUCCUGCUCCUCGUACGCGCCGCCGCACAGUGGGACGAGAGCUUGGAUUCGCGCCAGCUGUGGCACAUUGCACAGCUCGUCCUCCCCGAAGGGCGCCGUCAUACCCGCACGGACACGGGCCCCGUGCACUCGUCCAACUCGGCACUUCUUGUAGAGCUCGCGGCGGCGUUUGCACGUCGCUUGGACCACCGCAGCGCACGCAGCGCGCAGUUCCUCGCCCGGCAAGGGCGCCGCCGCCCGUUGGCGUCCGCCAUGUCCUCGUUCAAGGUCAAGUUGCGUGUGCCGAACAAUGGCACGCCGAAAGGCGGUGCGGGCUCGCCGGACGGGUCCGACACUGCGGGAUCGCCUGUUGAGGAGCUGAGUGUGCCCGAGACGCCGUUGGUCGUCGAGCCAGAGUCCAGCCCAGCGCCGAUGCCGCUGCCGAGCCAGCCGACGAGCGGCGCGCCGCCGUCGAGCGCGGAAGGCACACCGGAGAGCACCCCGGCUGAUUCGUCGCCUGCGCCAGAUGGCAAGGCAUCCAAGAAAUCUGCCAAGCAGCGGCGGAGCAGCAGCACGCAUGCGCCGAACUCGAUUUCGGCCGUCGCCGCGUCGCUUACGCUCGAGGAGCUCGAUGCGCUGCCGUCUGCCAAGCGGCGCAAGAGUCUCAAGACGCGAGGCGCGCCGGGUCCCGGCCGCGGCUGGCGCAAGGGCCUGUCGAAAGGCCAGAAGCCUGUGUAUCGCCUGCCAGAUAUGAACCGCAGCACGGCGGACGUCACACAUGACCCCUCCAAGCUCGCGGUGCAGGCGUCGACACCGUCGAGCUUUAGCGGUUCGAACGGGCCGUCGCGCAAGUCAAAGAGCGCAUCGAGCGCCGCCAAGGUGGAGAGCGGCCCGCUGCUCAGCGCAACGAUCAAAGUCUCGCCCAACUCGCCGGACGCCGUGUUCAAAUAUCCCAGUAUUCCCAGCCUCAAAGACGCGCCGGCGCUGCUGCCGCUGCCGCGCGUGCCGAAUGUCAUUCCUACCAUUACGCCGCUGCAGCGCUCGGAUCUCAAGCCGCGGCAUUGGCGGCAUAGCCAGCGCGAGAUUAUGAGCAUCGGCGGCCGCCCGUGGCGCGCGCCGGUGUGGCUCAGCGAGGGCGACGUUGCAGCACCGGACGAAGCAGAGGAGGACGACAGCUCCGAGGCGCCGGGCGACGUAUCCGUGGCCCAGUCCGACGCGGACUUGGAAAGUAAGACAUAG